UUCCGGCCUACGGCACAAUGUCCCGCUGAUCGUCUGCCCACUGGGUGACCCGCCCUAGAGUCUCCAAAAAGCCGCUUCCGUCACCCGUCACCCUUCACUGUCCCAGCUAUGGCUGCACGCCUCAUCCGUGGGUCCCUGCGCUUGUGGGGCAGCCUGUACGCGCCGUGUCCACUGCGGUCCGCGAGAUGCUCUCAUUCCGGAGGGGAAGAACGUCUAGAAAGUCCUUUUGCCAAAAAAUUAACAGAUAUAGGAAUUAGAAGAAUCUUCUCUUCAGAACAUGACAUUUUCCGGGAAAGCGUAAGGAAGUUUUUUCAAGAAGAAGUGGUUCCUUAUCACACAGAAUGGGAGAAAGCUGGAGAAGUGAGUAGGGAGCUUUGGGAAAAAGCUGGAAAACAAGGACUGCUUGGUAUCAAUAUUGAAGAGCAUCAUGGUGGCGUUGGUGGGGACUUGUACUCGGCAGCGAUUGUUUGGGAGGAGCAAGCAUAUUCGAAUUGUACAGGCCCAGGUUUCAGUCUUCAUUCAAAUAUUGUAAUGCCCUAUAUUUCGAACUAUGGCUCAGAAGAACAAAUUAAGCACUUCAUCCCCCAGAUGACUGCAGGGAAAUGUAUUGGUGCCCUAGCAAUAACAGAGCCUGGGGCUGGAAGUGAUAUGCAAGGAAUAAGAACAAAUGCCAAAAAGGAUGGAAGUGACUGGAUUCUAAAUGGAAGCAAGGUAUUCAUCACUAAUGGGUGGCUAAGUGACAUUGUAAUAGUAAUGACAAUCACAAAUCGUGAGGCAAGCUCUCCUGCCCAUGGCACUAGCCUUUUCCUGGUGGAAAAUGGAAUGAAAGGAUUUAUCAAGGGACGAAAGCUACAUAAAAUGGGACUAAAAGCCCAGGAUACUGCAGAAUUAUUCUUUGAAGAUGUACGGUUGCCAGCUAGUGCCCUACUUGGAGAAGAGAAUAAAGGCUUCUAUUACAUCAUGAAACAGCUUUCACAGGAAAGGCUAAUAAUUGCUGAUAUAGCAAUUUCAGCCAGUGAAUUCAUGUUCGAAGAAACCAGGAACUACGUUAAACAAAGAAAAGCUUUUGGGAAACCACUUGUACAUAUGCAGACAGUGCAGCAUAAGCUAGCAGAAUUAAAAACACAAAUAUGUGUAACCAGAGCUUUUGUGGACAGCUGUCUCCAGCUGCAUGAAGAAAAACGUCUGGAUGCUGCCACUGCUGCCAUGGCGAAAUAUUGGGCAUCUGAGGUACAAAACAAGGUAGCUUAUGACUGUGUACAGCUCCAUGGAGGCUGGGGAUACAUGUGGGAGUACCCAAUUGCAAAAGCUUAUGUGGAUGCCCGACUUCAGCCAAUCUAUGGUGGUACCAAUGAAAUAAUGAAGGAGCUGAUUGCAAAAGAGAUCGUCAGUGACAAAUAGACAUCUGCCCACAUCCUGGAAUCCUAUUACAACUAAUCUGGUUUUAAAUCUACUCAAAAUAAAAUGCAACCUGGAGAGGGAGGAAACACUAAACAUGUUUUUGUCUGCUUUCCUAUAGAGAAAGAAAUCAAAUGCAAAUAUGAGAUUAACACAGUGGGAGGAGAAAACUUUGAAUCCAAAGAUUCUAAAAUUCUCCUACAUAAGGUUUAAAUUUUAAUUUUAUAUAUAGUUAAAAGGCAAAGAUUUUCUUAUUCUAGAAGCCUUAGUGUUUCACUUAUCCCUAAAAUUCUGAAAAAAACAUAAUUUAUUAAAUGUUUAAAAUUGAGGCAGAAAUAAUUUUGUUCUUAUACUAUAAAAACAAUAAUAAUACAGCACAUUGACAUUGAAAGGAAAAGAAACAUAAUUUAGAAUACAAAAUAAUUUCAGCUAUGUUUUGUUUGCAAUUCCCCAGAACAGUGGAAUUCUACCGCUCUACCCUAAGUCUCUGUUCUUAAGUCAUGGAACCGUGUCUUCAAACAAAAGUUUAUGUAGAGUCCCUUAAAAUGCUGAUGAAUGAAGGGCUACUGUAGUUGAAGCAAGAAUCCUUCCAAACACUUAGCUAAGCACUUGCCUAACCCCACUAGAGAAGCCAUUGGUUCUCUCAUCCACUGACACUUGGGCUUUCAACAGAUUCCUAUCCCACUUUUACAGAAGGAUAAAGAAUAAUUCAUUAUCCUUUAGUUUUAAGAUAUUGGUAUAUUGUAUAAGUAUCAAAAUAGUGACUUUUAUUUUAGAACAGUGUAUUUUUUUAAUUAAUUUAACAAAUACUUUAUGUCUUCUAUACUCAAGGCUGUUAAAAAUAAGAUGGCAAAUGAAACUAGGCAAGAUUCCUGCUAAUGGAUGAAUAAACAAAUAAGUUAUAAUAAAUAAAGAAGUAAAUAAAUAAACAAGUUCAAAUCAUGAUAAAGGCCAUAAAAGGAAUAAAGUAAGCAUUUAAAAUACGAAAGUGAGGAAACGAUGUUUGAUUUGAAACAAAAAGUAAUUAUUAUCAAAAACACAAAGCAUUAAUUUAAUUUGUAAACAGUUGGCAUCCUUUCGGUACUUGUUUUUCUGUGCAUAUACUGGUGAGACAGUGAAUAAAGUAGUUUUUAUA